AUGGUACCGUCAUCAAUGUGGCUUACAGCAGUCUUUCUAGUUUUACUGACUGCUCUAGAGGCGGUCGUCUGGUCUCUUCCAGACGCGGACUGUUCUGAUGUUUGUUUGCCCCUUCCGCGAUGUGACCAUAUCUCCAAUCUGUCUCCUCUAGAAACAUUUCCUAGCGGUACAACUGCUCUUGAGGUAAGCGGAAGGCUUGAAAAGAAAAUUUCGAGAGGUGAUCUGGACUUUCAAAAGUUAGUUCAACUGAGAGGGGACGGUUUAGUGAUUGUGAACGAGGAGGAGACAAAUACUUGGUGCGGCAACGAAACUCGUCCUUGUGUCAACUGUCAGAAUGGACAGCCAGCAGCUACAGAUGAUAGAGACAAUGCUGAUCAGUGCGCAGACAGACUAAUGAGUGGGAGGCUACAUUCACGUCUGAAGCUGCUGCAACGCUUAGCAAACAGAGAAUGGCCAAAUCGUCAGGUGCGAGUUCUGGAAGCAUGGGAAGAGCCAACAGCAACGAAUACUGGUGGUAUUCAUCCUGCAUAUUCACUUCAUUAUGAAGGAAGAGCUGCUCGAGUAGACGUUUCUGUAGAACUGCCGUCUCAAGUACCAGCUGUACCAGAUAGCUCAGAAGACCCUCAAUUGGUUUCAAGACUUGGAGCUUUGGCUAUAUGUGCUGGAUUCGAUCAUGUAUCACACGAUGUAACAGAUGCUGUAAAUUACUUGUCGAUAUCAGUAAAAAAGCAAAAAGGCAAGUACGGUCGCAUAACAACAUUUCUCUCUGGAGCAACCUUCACUGAAGUUGACAUACCACAUGGUCAUGACCUUAACUACAAGCUGUCACAUAACAGUUGCCACAGUUGUCCACUUUUUGACAGCGAUGGUCAAUCUGACCACCAACUCUCACCUCAUUAUCGUGUCUCAGACUUCUUGUCUCACCAUCCAGUCACGACUCAACCUUACAGAUACUUUCGUCUUCGACCUGAGCUUGUCUAUUGCCUUGAAGUUGUACGCACUGCUCUAAAUGAAGACCUCCGUGUUAUUUCUGGGUACCGAACAAUAACAGAAGAUCAGAGCAAGCCAAGCAAUCAAACUGACACAAGACUGCAUAUUACAGGACAAGGCUUACAAACACAAACAACCAAUUCACACAUUAAACCAUAUGACUUAGCAACUGCAGUUGCAGAAGAAUGUGGAACAUAUUUUAUCAGUCGAGGUCAAAAUAUUGGUAUCACCUUACUGAGUGACAGCGUGUAUUUUGACAUCCGAGAUAGCUUCUUCAUCUCCAUGGGUUACAAUGUCAAUCAACCAACUCUUCAAGAGUUUCACGAUCAAAUGUCAAACGCAAUAUCGACUUCUGAUCGAAGAGUCAAAUACAACAGAGCAUGUGAUGCUUCGUCUCCAUCUGCUCAGUCUGCAUCCUACAAAUACAAAGAAAUACCUCAAGAUCUGGGUGGUGACCAGUGCCAGUCAAAGAGUCAGACCAGCAACUAUUGCUCACAGACUGAACAGAGUCGUAAUGCAUGGGUGGAGUCUAUUUGGCAAACAGUCAAACUCAAGUAUUUCAAACAAACAAACGACGAAAUGCAACUUGCUAUUAAAGACUGCCUGGAGCCAUGCGGACAAUGUACUACAGGAGAAACAUGGAAAACGAAGCUUGCUGGCUGUAAUAAAUUUGUCCACUGGGCUCCACUCCAGCUGACUAUUAGCUCACAACAACAGACAAAUUCUGACGCCUCAUUCUACCCAUCAAAUAAUCAAAUGGCUACAGCAAAGGCUUGUGAAAGCAACAAGAAAUGCAUCUCUCACACUGAGAUGUUCUCUACACUUGCUUCAGCUAUCGAAGCAACGUACUAUCCAACUAAUACAUCUCUUAACACUGAAAAGUUGUUUGGCAUGCCACACAAUCCAACCCCUCUCUUUGAUAUUAUGCAAGAAACAUUUGCAAUGCACGCAUCUGGUAACACAACAGUGUGGAUCUCAUCAACGGAAAACAUGGCAGCUCUAUUAGAUGUCUUCAAGGCAAACACAGCUCUUCUGAUUCACAACAGACAAGUUGACAAAGUGACCAUAUGGUAUCUUGAGAGUCAACUUAAUGAAGUAACUGUCAUUAAAUUUUUGGAAAAUUCAAUUCGUCAUUGGACCCACAGUGGCUGCAUAAGCACAUCCCGAAGUCAUGCUACUCCGUACGAAGCUCGACCCUUUACAGAAUGA